CUAGGCCCACUAAUCAACAAACCACCCUUCGGGGCCAGAAGUCAUCCUCGCCUCAGGCCUUUCCGGGUAGUGCGUCCGCCCAACCCCGCUCUCGCGACGCGGCAGUGAAUAGUGACGCCUUUUUCGCCUCCGUCCAGCUCCACACCACCUCGUCUCCCAACCGCCCCGGGCAUCCGGCGACUCCAGGACUCCAGGACCCGGUGAUUGGCGCCUGCCGUGGAGCUUCCGAGGGACCUGGGUGUUCCUUGGACUUGGUGCCUGUUCUUCGUGCUCCUUUCGGGAGAACAUCUUUGGUUCUACAGUGUUGCUGAUGAUGACAUUUUUCUAAGUGGUCUUAAACAGACGACUUUUUAUGUAAAUAACUGACUAGACUUUAUAUUUUUCACUUCAGAAGCCUGUAAUCUACAGUUGCCAGAGAUUUAAAAACACUACUUUUAGGAUAUCAUCUACAUUUAACUUGAAAGCUUUUCUUAUUCCAAAAUGUUGAGAUACUGGGGAGAGAUACCAAUCUCAUCAAGUCAGACCAACAGAAGUACUUUUGACUUACUGCCAAGGGAAUUCCGUCUGGUGGAAGUCCAUGACCCACCCCUGCACCAACCCUCAGCCAACAAGCCCAAGCCUCCCACUAUGUUGGACAUCCCCUCAGAGCCAUGCAGCCUCACCAUCCAUACCAUUCAGCUGAUCCAGCACAACCGACGUCUGCGUAACCUCAUUGCUACAGCUCAGGCCCAGAAUCAGCAACAGACAGAAGGUGUAAAGACUGAAGAGAGUGAACCUCUUCCCUCUUGCCCUGGGUCACCUCCUCUUCCUGAUGACCUCCUGCCUUUAGAUUGUAAGAAUCCCAAUGCACCGUUCCAAAUUCGCCACAGUGACCCAGAGAGUGACUUUUAUCGUGGGAAAGGGGAACCUGUGACUGAACUCAGCUGGCACUCCUGCCGGCAGCUCCUCUACCAGGCAGUGGCCACAAUCCUGGCCCAUGCAGGCUUUGAGUGUGCAAAUGAAAGUGUCCUGGAGACCCUAACUGAUGUGGCACAUGAGUACUGCCUUAAGUUCACCAAGUUGCUGCGCUUUGCUGUGGAUCGGGAGGCCCGGCUGGGGCAGACUCCUUUCCCUGACGUCAUGGAGCAGGUAUUCCAUGAAGUGGGCAUUGGCAGUGUGCUCUCCCUCCAGAAGUUCUGGCAGCAUCGCAUCAAGGACUAUCACAGUUACAUGCUCCAGAUUAGUAAGCAACUCUCUGAAGAGUAUGAGAGGAUUGUCAAUCCUGAGAAGGCCACAGAGGACACUAAACCUGUAAAGAUCAAGGAGGAACCUGUGAGUGACAUCACUUUCCCUGUCAGUGAAGAACUGGAGGCUGACCUUGCUUCUGGAGACCAGUCACUGCCCAUGGGAGUCCUCGGGGCUCAGAGUGAGCGCUUCCCAUCUAACCUGGAGGUCGAAGCUUCACCACAGGCUUCAAGUACAGAGGUAAAUGCUUCCCCUCUUUGGAAUCUGGCCCACGUGAAAAUGGAGCCUCAAGAGAGCGAAGAAGGCAAUGUCUCUGGUCACGGUGUGCUGGGCAGCGAUGUUUUCGAGGAGCCCAUGUCAGGCAUGAGUGAAGCUGGGAUCCCCCAGAGCCCUGAUGACUCAGACAGCAGCUAUGGUUCCCACUCCACCGAUAGCCUCAUGGGGUCCUCCCCCGUUUUCAACCAGCGCUGCAAGAAGAGGAUGAGGAAAAUAUAAAAGGAAAAGAGGGAGAUUUUCUGUACAAACCCAACAGAAAACCUUAAUGUAUUCAAAUUUAUUUCCAUAAACUGAUUUGACUCUUAUUCAAAACAGUGGAUUUUCAUGAUUUCAGUGGAACUGGACUUAAACAAGUUUGCAUUUUACUUUUGCAUUGUUUUUGUAGUUUUCUACAACAACCAAGCCACUUUUUGCAGGCAUUGCAAUGUUGGGGUGGUAAUCAGACCAAAGCAGCAUCCCCGACUGCUGUCUCUACUGUGACUAGAAAAGUUGCCGAGCUUCUCUAGAGCUAUUUCUCUUGCACAACUGAGAAUUAGACCACUUUGACUUACCUGGUGGAGAUGUUGUAAAAUUGAGAUGUUAUUAACCUUCGCUAUGCUUGAACAACUCACAAGUAAAAAUAGGUGCUGGUAUCAGA